GAGUGGAAGGCAAAAUGGCGGCGACGGCGGCCACCGCCUGGUGCUGAGGGGAGAGCCAGGUCCCCGCGACCCUCGCGACGGGCCGCGCUGGCCCGCGGCAGCCUCCCGGUGUCUCUCCCCGCCCUGUGCCCCCCGGGAUACUCAGGCUCCCUGGGAGGGCUUCCGGCCGCCUGCGGGUCCCCUCUCCGGCCCCUGGCCGCUGUCCAGGAGACCCGCAAUCCCUUGCAGGGUUAAUUAUUUAAAUUGUAAAGAAUUUUAACAUUCCUGAGGACUUCUGCAAAGGAUCUUUUGCAGUUUUGCUCAAGAGAAGGCUCUGAAUUUAAGAGGUGGCUCCUAAAGUCUUUUGUGUGGGUUGUAUAUACAUAGAUGUUUUCAUGAAGAGAAGUGAAAAGCCAGAAGGAUAUAGGCAAAUGAGGCCUAAGACCUUUCCUGCCAGUAGCUACACUGGCAGCAGCCGACAAAUGUUGCAAGAAAUUCGGGAAUCCCUUAGGAAUUUAUCCAAACCAUCUGAUGCUGCAAAAGCUGAGCAUAACAUGAGUAAAAUGUCAAUUGAAGAUCCUCGACAAGUCAGAAAUCCUCCCAAAUUUGGGACACAUCAUAAAGCCUUGCUGGAAAUUCGAAACUCUCUACAACCCUUUGCGAAUGAAACAAGUCGGAGUGCUUCAGAGGUUAAUCCACAAAUGUUUCAAGAUUUACAAGCUGCUGGGUUUGAUGAGGAUAUGGUUAUACAAGCUCUCCAGAAAACUAAUAAUAGAAGUAUAGAAGCUGCAAUUGAAUUCAUUAGUAAAAUGAGUUACCAAGAUCCUCGACGGGAACAGAUGGUUACAGCAGCUGCCAGACCUAUUAAUGCCAGUUUGAAACCAGGGAGUGUACAACAAUCAGUUAAUCGCAGACAAAGCUGGAAAGGUUCUAAAGAAUCUUUAGUUCCUCAGAGACAUGGCCCACCCCUAGGAGAAAGUACAGCCUAUCGUUCUGAAAGCCCCAACUCCCAGACAGAUGUAGGAAGACCUUUGUCAGGAUCUGGUGUUACAGCAUUUACUCAAGCUCACCCUAGCAACGGACAGAGAGUGAACCCGCCCCCACCUCCUCAAGUAAGGAGCGUCACCCCUCCACCACCCCCGAGAGGCCAGACUCCUCCUCCUAGAGGAACAACUCCUCCUCCCCCGUCCUGGGAACCAAACUCUCAAACGAAGCGCUAUUCUGGGAAUAUGGAAUUUGUGAUCUCUCGAAUAUCUCCUGUUCCACCUGGAGCCUGGCAGGAGGGCUAUCCUCCGCCACCUCUGAACACGUCCCCAAUGAAUCCUCCUAAUCAGGGACAGAGAGGCAUUGGUUCUGUUCCUGUUGGCAGACAACCAAUCAUCAUGCAGAGUUCUAACAAAUUUAACUUCCCACCAGGGAGACCUGGAAUUCAGAAUGGUAGUGGUCAAAGUGAUUUUAUGAUACACCAAAAUGUCCCUGCUAAUGCAGUGAAUCGGCAGCCACCCCCUCCAUAUCCUCUGACCCCAACUAAUGGACAAACGGGGGGGUCUGCUGCUCCUUCAUCAUAUACAAAUGGAAAUAUUCCUCAAUCUAUGAUGGUGCCAAAUAGAAAUAGUCAUAACAUGGAACUUUAUAACAUCAAUGUACCUGGACUGCAAACAACUUGGCCUCAGUCAUCUUCAGCUCCAGCCCAGUCAUCCUCAAGCACCGGACAUGAAAUCCCUGCAUGGCAGCCUAACAGACCAGUGAGGUCAAAUUCUUUCAAUAACCCAUUAGGAAAUAGAACAAGUCAUUCUGCUAACUCUCAGCCUUCUGCUACAACAGUCACUGCUAUUACACCAGCUCCAAUUCAACAACCCGUGAAAAGCAUACGCGUAUUAAAACCAGAGCUACAGACUGCUUUAGCACCUACACACCCUUCUUGGAUACCACAGCCAGUUCAGACUGUUCAGCCCAGUCCUUUUUCUGAGGGUACUACUUCAAAUAUGACUGUUAUGCCACCUGUUGCUGAAGCUCCAAACUAUCAGGGUCCACCACCACCAUAUCCCAAACAUUUACUACACCAAAACCCAUCUGUUCCAUACGAACCAGUCAAUAAACCCAGCAAGGAGGAUCAGUCGAGCUUGCCCAAGGAAGAUGAGGGUGAAAAAAGUUAUGAAAGUGUUGAUAGUGGAGAUAAAGAAAAGAAACAGAUUACAACUUCACCUAUCACUGUUAGAAAAAACAAGAAAGACGAAGAGCGAAGAGAAUCUCGUAUUCAAAGUUAUUCUCCUCAGGCAUUUAAAUUCUAUAUGGAGCAACAUGUAGAAAAUGUUCUCAAAUCUCAUCAGCAACGUCUACAUCGUAAAAAACAAUUAGAGAAUGAGAUGAUGCGGGUGGGAUUAUCUCAAGAUGCCCAAGAUCAAAUGAGAAAGAUGCUUUGCCAAAAAGAGUCUAAUUACAUCCGUCUUAAGAGGGCUAAAAUGGACAAGUCUAUGUUUGUGAAGAUAAAGACAUUAGGAAUAGGAGCAUUUGGCGAAGUUUGUCUAGCAAGAAAAGUAGAUACUAAGGCAUUGUAUGCAACAAAAACUCUUCGAAAGAAAGAUGUCCUGCUUCGAAAUCAGGUUGCUCACGUUAAAGCUGAGAGAGAUAUCCUCGCUGAAGCUGACAACGAAUGGGUAGUUCGUCUGUAUUAUUCAUUCCAAGAUAAGGACAAUUUAUACUUUGUCAUGGACUACAUUCCUGGGGGUGAUAUGAUGAGCCUACUAAUUAGAAUGGGCAUCUUUCCAGAAAAUCUGGCACGAUUCUACAUAGCAGAACUCAUCUGUGCAGUUGAAAGUGUUCAUAAAAUGGGUUUUAUUCAUAGAGAUAUUAAACCUGAUAACAUUUUGAUUGAUCGUGAUGGUCAUAUUAAAUUGACUGACUUCGGCCUCUGCACUGGCUUCAGGUGGACACAUGAUUCUAAGUACUACCAGAGUGGUGACCAUCCACGGCAAGAUAGCAUGGAUUUUAGUAACGAAUGGGGUGACCCCUCAAACUGUCGAUGUGGAGAUAGACUGAAGCCACUGGAGCGCAGAGCUGCGCGUCAGCACCAGCGGUGUCUGGCACAUUCUUUGGUCGGAACUCCCAAUUAUAUUGCCCCUGAAGUGUUGUUGCGCACAGGCUAUACACAGUUAUGUGACUGGUGGAGUGUUGGUGUAAUUCUUUUUGAAAUGUUGGUGGGACAGCCUCCUUUCUUGGCACAAACUCCAUUGGAAACACAAAUGAAGGUUAUCAACUGGCAAACAUCUCUUCACAUUCCACCGCAAGCUAAACUGAGUCCUGAAGCCUCUGAUCUUAUCAUUAAACUUUGCCGAGGACCAGAAGAUCGCUUAGGCAAGAAUGGUGCUGAUGAAAUAAAAGCUCAUCCAUUUUUUAAAACAAUUGAUUUCUCCAGUGACCUGAGACAACAGCCUGCUUCAUACAUUCCUAAAAUCACACACCCAACAGAUACAUCAAAUUUUGAUCCCGUUGAUCCUGAUAAGUUAUGGAGUGAUGAUAAUGAGGAAGAAAAUGUAAAUGACACUCUCAACGGAUGGUAUAAAAAUGGAAAGCACCCUGAACAUGCUUUCUAUGAAUUUACCUUUAGGAGGUUUUUUGAUGACAAUGGCUAUCCAUAUAAUUAUCCAAAGCCUAUUGAAUAUGAAUAUAUUCACUCACAAGUCUCAGAGCACCAGUCAGAUGAAGAUGAUCAGCACACAGGAUUAGAGGUCAAAAAUCGUGAUCUAGUGUAUGUUUAAUACAUUGUGAAAUAAUUGUAAUGAGGAUUUUCAAAAAGGCCUGAAAUGUAGGGUUUUUUUAGGCUCUGAGGGUAAAAUUAUGCAAAUGUGACAGAGCUCUGUGUGUGUGCUCUGCACAAUAUUUUAUAUUCCUAAAUUAUGAGGAAUCCUUUUAAAAUGUUAAUUUAUUCCAGCCUUUAUAAUCAGUAAUUUAGAAAAAAUUGUUAUAAAGUAAAUUAUGAACUGAAUAUCGUAGUCAGUUCUUGGUACUUAAAGUACUGAACAUAAAAAAUAGUGUGCUUUGUUUAAAAGGAGAAGCCUGGUAUCUAUUUGUACAUAUGCUGAGUAUUUUAAAAGACAAGAGUUUUGAAAUUUUUUGAAAGACAGUUUUAGUUUUAUUUUGCUUUAACCAAAAAUGAAAUAUACCCCACAUUUACAAAGCUUUCUUCCCCUCCCAUAGCUUUGUUUUUGGUACAAAAUAAGCUAUAGAAAUUAAGCCAUCAUGGUGGUGAGUUUUCUUAGGCUGAUAUUCUGUAUAAUUCACGUCUUGAAACUAAGAAAUACGGGGUUGACAGGGUUGAAACAGCAUGUUCAUCAGAGGGGGAAAAAUAGAUCAACUUUAUUUUUUCCCUCUGUGGAAUAUUGAAUCUGACAUUUGUUUCUCAAGAAUUACUGGCAUUAAAAGAAGCAAAGCACUACCAUUUUUCUUUCCAUGUUGGUAUUUUUAAUGCUGCUUCCAUGUGGGGAUUUUUUUUUUUGCAUUAUAUGAAAUUUUUAUUAUUUGGGUCAAUGUGUUAUACAUGAUUACAGUCAGAAUGGUAUUUCACAGAAUCCCAGUCCUUGAAUUUUUUUUUUAACUUGUUUUGGAGAUUCCGUAGAUGUUAGAUUGCUACUCUGAGAAGACUUCUUAGGCCUCUUUUCUUCUUUAUAUUUAGAAAUUAGUUUUCUGUUGAAAUUAAAACCACUAACAGCUUAUUCUUCUGCAGUUUAUCCAUAGUUAUCUUGGGAAAGACAUUGAUACUUUGCCGAAGGAGAAUGUCUACAUUUGUGGAUAUAUAUUUACAUCAAGCAUAAGGGUUCUUCUUUUCAUCUUUAUCAACUACAUGUCUGUUUGCAUCUAUUUACUAAAACCUUCCACCAUUUGCUGUUUGUGCUGCUUCUAAUUUAAAGGGGAACAUACCUGCCAUGAAUCAAAAUUUUUUAUACUAAAAGCUAAGAUUUCCCAUAUUUUCACUUCAAAAUUUACAAAAUGGUUUCCAUGGUCCUAAGCAGAGAUUGUUUUCAGUUUCACCUGAUACUGUGAUUAGAAAUUAUUUGUGGGUACUCACUAGAAUAGUAUUUUUUCUGUAUUGUGACAGUUUUGAUUUUAUCAUUAGUAAUGUUAUAGCUUUCCUCUUUCGGAACAGUGCUGCAUACAUGGAUUGUUUAUGGCAAAGGAAAAUGGCUAUUUGGCAAUACUAUACCUGUGGGUAGAUUGGUGAGAAAAUUAAUUAUUAUUUAACUCUUAAUUAAGGUGGCCAUUAGUAAUUAGGGAAAGUUACAUAGUGGCCCUACUCGAAAUUUAAGUCCUCCUAACUUAAGGUUAAAUAUGUUUUGCAGGAUUCCUUUUAUAGGCUUAGGUUUCAGGAAGACUUAUAGUCUCAUACAAAACACAGUUACCUUUUACUCCAGUUUCUCUUCAGAUUGUACAAAUCUUUCACCUUUUACCAAAAUACAUUUACCUUAUUUAGCUGUUUACAAUAUGCUAAACAUGUAUAAUGCACACCCACAAUUCUAUGCGCAUUAUACAUGGGAUUAUUAUGCCCAUGGUAUGUAAUCAUUAUACCUGUUUAUAAUGUGCAUCCUUAUUUUUUUCUCAAAAAUUGGGCAAAAAAGUGUGCAUUACCCACGGCAAAAUACUGUAUCUUAUUUUUUUGGAUUGGGGGAAAUGCUCUAUUACAUUACUAAAAUGUGUAUUUUCUUUUUGGUGAGCUCCCCUGAUAAGGAAUUUUAUCAAAACAAUAGUUGGGAUAACAGGCAUAAUUUUAGUGAUUUUCAGACUUUUAGCUUUCUUUAUAUGAAAGUUGAUGGAAAUCAUCUAUGUGACUAAAAUUAAGUCAAAGGUGUUCCAGUUGUAUUCAGGGGUGCAAAGAAGAUUUACUAGUUCACAGUUCUCACCUUUCCAUAGGUGGCCCUCUCGGAGCACAGCAUGUAAACCAUGGCACUACCCACUGUGUAACGAGGUGGGGGUGUCUGGAGAUCAUUGGUCCUUUUGGAAAUCUGGUGAAAGCUAUGGACAGUCUUCCCAGAAAAAUGGACAUCAACACUUACACAUAAAAUGUGUACAGUUUUAGGGGUUCUGGAUAUGUUGAAGUCUAUCAUAAACCCUCGAUUCUGUCCUAUAGGUACACUGAUAAUAUUAAACUAAGAACGUUGCUUUAAAUUUACUGCUCAGCGUUCAUAUGAACACAUCUUGUAUAAACAGUGAUCAUUUGUUAUGGGAAAGGCCUGUACCAUGUGAUGAGAUAUCCCUGUGAAUGCCUUUCUUGCUGGUACAGCAUCAAGACAUUUUAAACACACCCUUUGGGGGCACUGACAUGUUUGGCUUGAUUAAGAAAUAUUUCUAAAAGGCUUCUAAUCAGAACUGUAAGAAAAUGCCUUAUGAGAUGGCAGUCUUCAUGGAACAUUUGAUUAGUUCUAUAAAAUUCUAUGCAAAACAAAUUAGUUCAAGAAUUUUUAGCUUGGUACUCAAAAUUUUCAAGACAUCCCUCUUGCUCUUGAGCUUCCUGAGUCAUUAAAAUUUCCAUUUAGUUGUUUAUUUCUGCACUUCAGUGAAUAUAAAACCAACUCUUUACAUCUAUGUUGUAGGAAAACUAAGGUUAUGUCAACUCCCCUUCCCUCUUCACAUAAUCCGUUGCCCUUAUUUCUCAAAUGUAACACACUACAAAUUUUGUAUUCUUUUGAAAUUUCCUCUGACAGUAUAAGCUUUUUGUUUUUAUCUGAAGCUGUGUAUAAGCCUUGAGUAUCUGUAGUUUUAAUAGUUUUUAGCUAUCUUAUUCCCAAACUAUAUCCAGUUCUUCCAGUACAGAAUCUGGUGCUUCCUGACCAAAAAGAUAAGAACAACAUCAAAAGUUGAUACACUUUCAAUUGAAAUAGAGUGAAAACAUUGGUUAUUCAUGUUUUCUUUAAAAAGAAAUUCGCACUCAUCAAAAACUUACUGUCUUUGUAAUACUUGCCCCUUUUAUGCAUAUUAAUAGUAUUUAUAAAAUGUGUUCUAUAAUUAUGUAAUUGUAGAUACUGUUAUGUAUGUUCAGUGACAUCCUAAGGCAGGACCUAUUGCUGUAUCUUUUCUACUUUAUUUGUAAUAGAAACUAGAAUGUAUGACUAAGAAGUCACUUUGAAAUUGACUUUUUAAAAAAGUGAUUACCUUCUGCUGUUGCAAAGUGCAAAACUGUGAGUGGAAAUGUUUAUUUUGACUUAAUAAUAUCUUAGAAAUUAGAAAAUACAGUGGGAGGAUUUUUAGAUAUUGCUGCUGCUGUUACCUAAGGUACUUUAGAAAUUUUCUUUAAUAAACAAAAAUAAAAAUCCCUUUGGUAUUUAAAAUGAAACAAUAGCCUGUUUGUUUUAAUCUAAAACAAAAAGUAAUUUGGGUCAACAUAUUGUUAUAUUUGUAAAGCGCCUUAAUAUAUCCCUUUGUGGAAGGCACUAUACAACAGUUUACUUUUGUAUUGUGUAAAUAAGUAUUUUGUAUUAAAAUUUAAUCAGUACAACACUAUAAUUUUAUAAAGUAAUGUUUUGGUAGGAAAAGGAAUUACAGCUUUGCAAUAUAACUAAAUUGUUUUGCAUAUGUUCGAAUGUAGUAAAUAUGAAUAAUCAGCCUGUAUUUUUAAUGAAUCUAUUUGUAUUUUCCCAAUCAUUUUAUCUAGUGUAACAUUUUCUGGUAUAAUAAAAAAGCAAAAUUCAA